AUGGCACUGCUGGCUGCUGUGCUUUUGCUGUUACUCUCUCUCAUUAGGAGCAGAUCUGAUUCUGCCGCUGCUGUGGAUGACUGUGUUUUCUUGGGGCACGAGGAUAGAAACAGUCUGUAUGAAGAUGGAGAUGUUGUUAUUGGGGGCUUAUUUCCUAUUCACUACAGUCCUGUGGCUUAUCUUGCAACGUUUAAGACAAAGCCAACACCAUUUAUGUAUAAGUAUUUCAGGUCACGUGCCUUGCGUUGGGUGCAGACAAUGAUUUUUGCAAUCAAAGAGAUCAACCGGCGCAGCGACUUCCUCCCACUGCUCAAACUCGGCUUCCACAUCCGUGACAGCUGUGAUGAUAUACCUGUGUCUCUCAGAGCAUCUAUGUUGCUAGUAAAUGGCCAGCCACAGAGAGGCAUCAGUGCAGAGAGCUGUGCAGCCGUCAACAGGACUGUGUCCCCUGUAAUAAUAGGAGAUGCAGCCUCUGGUGUGUCUAUGGCUCUGCUCCGAAGCCUCGGCUCUUUCCAGAUCCCCCUGGUGAGCUAUUUUGCAUCGUGCAGCUGUCUGAGUAACCAAAGGGAGUUUCCCAGCUUUAUGCGCACAAUGCCCAGUGAUGCAUUCCAGAUCAGAGCCCUGGCUCGGCUGGUGAGCUACUUCAGCUGGACCUGGGUGGGAAUCAUCGGCGUUGAAUCAGAUUAUGCACGCUUUGCGAUUCAGCUCUUUCUUCAGGAGUCGACACGCUAUGGCGUGUGCGCUGCCUACACUCACCUCUAUCCAGUAGUGCUCAGUCAGCAAGCUUUGAAUGAGCUUGUGGAUAUUAUCCAGGCUUCAUCCUCAAAGGUCAUCAUUAACUUCUGCAGUGAGUCAGAGAUGCUGGUCAUUCUGGAGGAGAUCCAGUACAGGAAUAUAACAGGCCUUCAGUGGAUCGCCAGUGAAGCCUGGUCUACUGGCAAGUCUCUCUGGGAAAAGUCUGGGGAUAUUUUGACAGGCACACUCGGAUUUGCCAUCCAAAGAGCUGAAAAAAUCCCAGGGCUGAAGCAACAUCUCACCAAUUUGAAGCCUUCUCACAUCCGUAAAACAGCGUUCUUUGCAGAAUUUUGGGAGGAGUUGUUCCAGUGUCGAUUAAAUGGCUCUGUGAACACUCACUCUCAUGGAGCUGUAAACUAUUUUGAUAGAGAGAUGUGUAAAGGAACAGAGGAUUUAAAUUCUGUUUACUCGCCUUAUGCCGAUGUGACACAGCUAAGAGUGUCUUAUAACGUGUACAAGGCCGUGUAUCUGGUGGCUCAUGCCUUGCAAGAUAUGAGUAAUUGUAAAUCUGGAGAGGGGCCGUUUUUUAAUGGAAGCUGUGCCGACAUGAAGAGUUUUAAACAUUGGCAGCUCAUCCACUAUAUGAAGCAAGCUAAUUUUUCUGUCCUGGGAGAAAACAUCAGCUUUGACCAAAACGGUGACCCGAUUGCCUAUUAUGACCUGUUGAACUGGCAGAAGAUGCCCGAUGGUUCUCUUCAUUUGGUUAAAGUGGGUUUCUAUGACGCUUCCAUGGCUGCUGGACGCAGUCUGGUCAUCAAUGACUCUGCAAUCCGGUGGCCUGCAGGAAAGGCUGUCCAGUCCGUUUGCAGUGACAGUUGUCCUCCAGGCUCCCGUGUCGUGCGGAGGAAAGGGGAACCCAUUUGCUGUUAUGACUGUGUCCCGUGCACUGAAGGACAAGUUAGUAAUGUGACUGAUUCUUUGGAGUGCUCUCACUGUUCAGAGGACACAUGGCCCAAUGAAGCCAGAGAAGUCUGCAUCCCAAAAACUAUUGAGUAUCUGUCAUAUCAUGAGAUCAUGGGUAUUCUACUGUGUGCUGCAUCUGUCCUUGGUGCUUCUAUAUCCGUUCUUAUCAUUGCAAUAUUCUUCAAGUACAAAGACACUCCACUGGUCCGGGCCAACAACAUGGAACUGAGCUUCUUUCUCUUGGUGUUCCUUACAAUCUGUUUUCUUGUUGGCUUGUUGUUCAUUGGUGAGCCUUCAGACUGGCUUUGUCGUAUCAGGUACCCGGCUUUCGGGAUCAGUUUUGCGCUCUGCAUUUCAUGUCUCUUGGCCAAGACAACAGUGGUCCUGAUGGCUUUUCGGUCUAUGCUACCAGGGCGAAAUGUCAUGAAGUGGUUUGGAGUCAACCAGCAAAGGGCCAGUGUGCUUUUAGGAACACUGAUCCAGGUAAUCAUCUGCGUGAUAUGGUUGCUCACCAGUCCCCCUCACGCUAACAGCAAUACAGGCUACCACAGUGCUAUGAUAAUCGCUGAGUGCGCUACUGGCUCAGAGGUUGGUUUCUGGUGUGUUCUUGGAUACAUCGGCAUCCUGGCCUGCAUGUGCUUGCUGAUUGCUUUUCUGGCUCGAAAGCUGCCUGACAACUUUAAUGAGGCAAAGUUCAUCACCUUCAGUAUGUUAAUAUUCUUCGCUGUGUGGAUUACUUUCAUUCCUGUUUAUGUGAGCACAGUGGGAAAAUACAUUGUGGCUGUCCAUAUUUUUGCUAUCUUAGCCUCAGCUUUUGGGCUUCUUCUUUGCAUUUUUGCUCCAAAGUGCUACAUCAUACUUCUGAAACCAGAAAAAAACAAUAGAAAAAGCAUGAUGCAACGUUGA